AUGGCGAAAAAGAAGGCCUCUGGCAAGGGAGGCAAGGCGGAGACGGCAGAGGAGCGCGCUGCGCGGCUGGAGAUGGAGUCCCUGGCAUCAGAGGAGCGCCAGCGGCGCGAAGCGGUGCGCCCUGAGAGCGGGCGGGAGAUCACCCGUGUCGCGCUGCGGCAGCGCCAGGAGCGCGAGCAGCGGUACGCGCACAUCAACGGCAUCAAGAUACACAACCAGUGGCGCAAGAUAAUGCGGCUGUCAAAGGCGCGCGCGGGGUGGGGCGCUGCAGCAGUGGAGGAGCUGCGCAAGCAUAUUGAGGUGCUGAGCCAAAACCACGAGCGGGAGGUCGACAGGAAGGACGCACUGGUGCAGAUGCUCGACCAUGACCUUGAGGAGGCCGAGGAGCAGUACCAGCAGGCGGUACGCGCCCACUUAGUCACCAUGGACCAGCUUCUGGGCCUGCAGCACGCGCGCAUGGCAGCGCUGGACCAGCGGUACGCGGAGGGGCUUAGGGCGCUGCAGGAGGAGUUUGAGCGGGAGCGCGUGGCAGCGACGGCGGGCCACGCGCGGCAGCGCAAGGAGAUGCAGGAUGUGGGGUCCGCGAUGGCGACAGGGUUUACAGAGGCGGAGGCGGAGGCGCGCCAGGAGUACGAGUCCGCCAGGGAGGAGAUCAAGAACCGCAACAGUGAGGAGUACAACAUCCUGAAGAUUCAGCUAGAGGGGAUCAUCGAGGAGCUGGAGGGGCACUUUGAGGCGGCGCACAAGGCGUACCUUGACAGCACAGAGCACCGCACCAAGGCGUGCAAGGGGCUGCAGGCCAGCGACGCCCAGGCGGCGCGCGUCAUCGAGCAGCGCAUGCGCAAGCUCGCCAAGCUGCAGGAGGACAUCCACCAGUGGCGCGCCAAGAUCGCCAGCAGCGGCAGGGAGCAGCAGCAGGCAGAACGUUUGAAGUCCCUCAGCGUGGCCAGCGCGGCGGCCACCGCGGAGCUGCAGCGCAAGCUGUCAAAGGCGGAAGCCGUGCUGAAGCUGGCCGAGGUCUGCCGGCGGCUGGAGACGGAGCAGGAGAAGGUGCUGCCGUUCUGGAGCUUGGACGAGGCGGUGCCGGUGGCGGCGACGGCGCUGACGUCAUCGAUCGUCAGCGGCGGCAGCGGCGGCGGGGGUGGUGAUGGGGAGGGUGCGGAGAGGGGUUUGGCAGCAGCGGAGACUGGGAAUGAGGGGGCCGCACACGACCAAGGUGGCCAAGUGGGGCAGGGGCAGCAGGACGAGGAGGAGGGCCGGGCACUGGCGCUGGCCGGCGGGCGGCCCAGCAUCGGCAGCUGCGGCGGCGGCAGCGGCGGCCACGGUGGCAGGGGCCGCGUCAGCGCGGUGGGGCUGGACGAUGAGGGCAACGAGGUUGAGGAAUGGGAUUACCUGAACAGGUUUUUCAAGCGCUUCAACAAAGCCCUGUUGGACAGGGCAGCCAUCGACAGAGAGCAGGCCCGCCUGGCCAAGGAGAACGAGGACCUGCGGCAGCUGCUCAAGAGCUUCCUGGACGGCAUAUCGGUCAACGACGCUGUCAUCAACAACCCCGCCAACCCGCUCCUGGUGGUCAACCAGCGGCUGCAGCUGACGUUGGCCGAGCGCCGCAAGGGCGGGGCGGCGGCCGCGGGGCGGGGCGCCGGCGGCUCGGGCGGCUCGGCAGGGCUUGUGAUUCAAGGGCAGCAGCAGGGCGUGCAGGUCGCCGGCCGGUGA